GCUCGCCAGAACGGUUUAAAACAUCAGAUGACCCUACGGAAGCUGCCUUCGGGGUGGCAUUUCAAAGUGAGUGAGGCGAUUCAUAACUAAGGACCAAAAGAAAAAGCAAAAUAAGAAGGCAAAUAAAAGGGGGAAAAAAAAGCGAGGGGAAGGGAAGCAUAGACGCUAACACGAGCAACUAAAUAGCCAAACUGCCCCUUUACGAAUACUAUCACUCCGUUGAUACCGAACGCGGCCGCCGCUUCUCCCGAGCAAUGGCCGGCCACUAUGAUGGGCCGUUGGACAUGCCGAUUGAGUUGAUCUACCCGUUUGACGAUCUCCCCGAUGGAUCGACGAUUAUUGAUAUCGGGGGUGGCAAUGGCCAGAAUGUGAUCCGCUUGGUGAAGUCGCAUCCUCAGCUCGUUGCCAUUGUGCAGGACCACGUCAGCGUCAUAUCCAAUGCUGAAAAUAUGGUCAAGGAAAGUUAUGGGGAGGAAAUAGUCGGCCGGAUUACGUGGGAGGCGCAUGAUUACUACGCCCAGCAGCCUCGAAAGGGAGCUGAUAUCUACUUGUUGAGCCACGUCUUGAUGGACAACAAUGACGAGUAAGUUGUUCCCCAUUUUUAACCGUUUCGGCACUAUCUUUGGUGUCAAUUCCUGAUCCGGUAUUUGCUUCUUUUCACAGAAAGUGCGUCAAGAUGAUCCAAGAAAUUGCGAAAGUCAUGGACCCAGCUAAGUCGAAGCUAUUGAUCCACGAUUUCGUAGAUCUUCCGAGAACCGUUGGGGAGGGUGCUCGUCUGCUUGACAUGCUCGAUCUACACAUGAUUGCAAGCCUCAACAUAUACUCUCGUACUGAGUCAGAGUUUGACAGUAUCAUUGAGCGUGCUGCUGGCGAUUGGGGUUUGGCGAGACACAAGACGUGGCCAGGAAGAGGAUCUGCAGUUCUAGAGCUGCGCCUCCGUUCAACGUGUGGAUCGACUAGCUAAUCCAUCUGACAGCCCAUUUGAUAUCGCUGGGUGAUAUACGGAGUAUGACGGCGUCCAAUAUAUCUAACUUCUCGUCUGCCGUUAUAUCAGGCACUGCUCAGCUGCUGAUUGAUAAGCAGGCCAUAGUUAACUACCUCGGUGCCUUAGGUAGGCAGUAACUAGACCCUUUUU